CAGACGGGCUGGGGUGGCUCUGAGAGACGCCCCACAGCUGAUGCGGCUGGAGGAAGCUUUGACUAGGGCAAGAAGGUCCUAAGGAUUAGCUACCCUUCUCUCGCCCCGAUGACCAACGCCACCUUCAACGCCACUGCCCAGCCAGGUGCGCUGCCCCCGUUGCCCGGCGCCAAGCUGGGGCUGACCGUGCUCUCCUUGGCCUUCAUCCUGGGCUUCCCGGGCAACGUCUUCGUGGUGUGGAGUGCUCUCUGCCGUGUCCAGAAGCGCACGGUCACCUGCCUCCUCAUCCUCCACCUGGCCUUGGCCGACUGCGCCGUGCUGCUCACUUCCCCGUUCUUCCUUCGGCUCCUGAGCGUCGGAAAGUGGGAGUUCGGCCCUGUGGUCUGCCAGUUGUGCCACUAUGUCUGCGGCGUCAGCAUGUACGCCAGCAUCUUCCUCAUCACCCUCAUGAGUCUGGACCGCUGCUUAGCUGUCACCAAGCCCUUCAUCUCCCAGAAGAUCCGGACCGCCCUGGUGGUCAGGUCCUUGGUCCUGGCCAUCUGGAUGGUCUCUUUCCUCCUUGCCUUGCCCGUCAUUUUCUACCGCAAGCUGGUGCACAGGGGCAGGCACCUGCUCUGCGACCUGUCCCAUCCCGCCACUGGCCACCUUGUCUUCCACAACCUUUUUGAGACCCUGACCGGCUUUGUGCUGCCCUUCACUGCCAUCAUCUGGAGCUACUGCGUCAUCGGGCGGAGGCUGCAGGAGACCCGCUUCCGGAGGAAGCGCCGCACCAACCGGCUCAUUGUGCUGAUUGUGGCUGCCUUCGCCCUCUUCUGGCUACCCUUCCACGUGGUGAACAUCCUAGAUGUGGCUGGGGCUCUGAGCCACUCCAAGGGUCUCAUCAUGGCCGGGAAGUUGGCCCGGCCCACCCUGACGGCCCUGGCUUUCUUCAGCAGCAGUGUCAACCCCAUCCUCUAUACCUUCACCGGCGGUGCCUUGAUUAAGUCGGCCGGCAUAGGCUUCAUGGCCAAGCUCUUUGAGGGGACGGCCUCAGAGAUGUCCAGCACGCGGCAGGGGACGGGGCGGACCAUCCAGCGGCGCGAGGAGGCCAAGUUGGAGAUGCUGCAGGAUGGGAACCCAGAGAGCAUCACUGUUUCCACCAACCCCCUGGAAUAGCCCUCAGCCACGUGGGACAGCCACUUCGACAAUCCCACCUCAUCCAGCAACACCCUGGACUAGACCUGGGGCCAUGUGGGACUGGAGCACCACUAAUCCCAGCACAUCCACCAUCACUCUGGACUAGCACUAGGGCAUGUGGGAUGGGAACUCCUAACAAUCCCACCUCAUCCAUCAACACCUUGGGCUAGUCCUGUGUCCGUGUGGAACAAGAACGGAAAAAAUCUUCCAACUGGCUCCUUCAUAGGAUAUCCGGCUUGGAAGUGACCUCAGGUCAUCUAGUCCAACCCCAGGGCCAAGCCCCAAUUUUUGCCCCAGAUCCCUAAAUGGCCCCCUCAAGGAUUGAACUCACAACCCUGGGUUUAGCAGGUCAAUGCUCAAACCACUGAGCUAUCCCUCCCACCUUCAUGGAGUGAUGGUGAAACUGUCAAGAAUUUGCUGGGAGAGUGUUCGUUUGCUUCUUAUUUGGGGGUUGACCUGGUCUGAACAACCUUCCCGCAACACCCAUUUCCCCGUUUCUCACCAGCUGUGACUUUGCGGGAUCAAACCCAGACUCCAAUAUCUCCACUUUGACCCCAACAGGGACUGGCCCAGCUACCCAGGAGAAUAAUUAGACUUUGUGUAAAUACGGAACAGGGACUCAAGUCUGAGUGGGGAUAUAUGAUUUAGGGAGGGAAGGCGCUGCCAUUGUUCUGUGGAGAGGACGCACCCCCUCUGUUCAAGUGGCAGGGAAGUGAAAGUUGAGGGGUAGAGGAGAAUGGCUGAGGGACAGAGGCAGGUGGAGGGGGAAGAGGCAGCGAGAAACAGGGUGAGGGCGAGAGGGACGGAGGGAACGUUGAGAGGCUGAGGCUGGGCGAGUCCACGUCUUCAGGAAGUUACAAGAGGCGCUUGAGGCUACACUGGCCCCAUUCAGGAGCAGGGCCCCCGUUGUGCCAGGCACUGCACAAACCCACAGUGAAACAGCCCCUGCUUCUAGGAAUUCCAGUCUAAAUGGGCAAAGACAGGAUUAUCGUCCCUAGUUUGCAAAUGGGGAAACUGAGGCACGUGGGAGGUGCAGCGACUUGUCAAAGGUGAUAUAGGGAGUCUGUGGCAGAACAAGGAAUAGAAUGCAGGUGUCUGGGGACCCAGUCCAGGGGCCUGAACCACAAAAGCAUCCUUCCCCUAAGUCUAUUUUCACAGCCAGAUAAAAAGGGAGUCUGGGAUUUCACCAGGGAGCUUUCCUGUCUCCCGUCUGAGCGGAGAUGUAAGGUUGGCUGCUCCCAGUGGCCAGCUCGGGUACUGCAAGCCAUCGUUCCGUAGAGACGCGCCUAAAAGCAGCUAUUUUUAACUCUGGCACCUGCUUAAAACCAGGGUAGUAAGUAUGCGAUUCAUCCCCCCUAGGGGGCGCCAGCUCAGAUCCAGCCCCAACGUGGCGGGGGGGCGACCGGCUGGCUUAGCGGGUGGGGAAUGGGACACACGGCCUAUCCCUGCCAGGGGGCGCUGACUCCAACCCAGCCCCUCAGCCUGUGAAUUCACCCUCUGUGUUAAUUUGCUUAAUUAAAGGAAAGUUUCUUUGUAGUCUGUUACCACCGCUGGCCCUGGGAGGUCGUGCCUCCUUCACACCUGCGCUAGCAUUCUGGUCGGUUCCGUUGGCGUUAGCCCUUUGACCCACUAGCCCCUGCUGCUGCCCCCUGCUGGAGGAAAUGAGCCCUGCUGUGUGAUGUGUGUGUGUCCCCCUGCUGCAGGGGAUCAGACCUGCAGUGUGUGUGUCCCUGCCAGGCCCUGCUCAGGGGGAAAAAAUUGCUUAAUGUGUGUGCGGCGAGUAACAGAUAGCCACAGAGACACCGUUUACAAAUCAGUAAUGCUGUGUAUUCCUACAUGACCUUAAAUAUAAUAAUUACAUCCACAAAAAACUAAGUUAAAAGACAUUACCGCAGUCAAUUUUGCACAGGGCCCCUGACUUUGGGCAUUUCCUUAUUUGGGCAUGCUCAGUUUUGGAACCUUAAUAAUAUUCUUUUAAUGUAGCUUUUGUGGGUGAUUUCCUGGGUUUUUACAAAAGGAAACUGAAAAAACAAACAAAAAAAACCCUGCACAGAAAUCCCCUCCUGUGGCAUCCUAUUGGCACGCACGUGGCCCAUCAGCAGGGCUGGAAUCAUUGGAUCCCCUGCACAGAGAUCGGCAGAAUAACGGGUAGCAGUAGCAGGCAGUCAUCCUCUAUGUGGGCCUGCACUAGAGGGGGACAAGCGUUGGUUGCACACCUGUUUGCUCCCAUACCAGUGCCUUGUCUGCACACAGUCUCCCCACACCAGCACCUCCUGGCUCCCAGCCCCCUUUCCCCUAUCUGCCAUUUUCCACUUGUCUCCCUGGCUUCCAGUCCCAGCCUCCUUGUCCAGCCAGUCCCAGGCUCCCCA